UGAUUUACAGUGCACAAGAUUACACUAGUAUAUAUAUGCCGUACAGCCGGACAUGAACAUGCAUAAACAUUUCGACCAGAACAAAAACAUUUAUCAGCAUUGCAGGAUACACGAGACAUAUGAUGCCAUAUUCCACCACCGCUGGAGGCUACAAUUCACGACGCGCGAUUGCUUACCUUUAUGUAGCAAGCAAUUCAGUGGCCUCAAUUGAGUAUCUGCGCAAAUACUGGAUUGAAGAGCCUGCAGCAGAAGUCGAUGGCCGAGGCAAUACACUGAUACAUUUACUAGUCAUUAAUAAGAAUUUAGAAGCUCUGAAAGCACUGACGGGAUUUGUGAGCCUACGACAACUCAAGAAACAGAAUGCAAGGGGUGAGACUGCACUACACGAGGCAGCCAGGCUUGGACUUGUCGAUAUUGCAGCAAUUUUGUUGGACUGGGAAAUGAGGUUAGCUUCUAAUUCAAUGCAGUAUUAUGGUGCUUUGGUAACGCGUGAUGUUAACAUGGAAGCGGUUGAGGAAGAAUUAGAGGACUUGGUUGCGAUGCAAAACAAGAUGGGAGAAAUUCCACUGUAUGUUGCUGCUGCAUCCGGGCAAACAGAGGUUUUCCAGCUUCUGGAAGAUUAUAACAGUGAUUGUCACACGCAGAGGGAAGAUGGAUGCACUGUCCUUCACGCAGCUAUUUUGAGAGAAAAUUAUAAUAUGGCUAUUAGCAUAUCUAGAAGAUAUCCGCAGCUUGCUCAUAAGCCAGAUAUUCGAGGUAACACCCCUUUGAAUCUUCUAGCAACAUCACCAUCUCAUUUUAAAAGCGGCUCUUUCUUUGCACGUGGGAAUCUGGGCAGGAGACCCUUUAUUCCUCUUCUGAGUCUUGCAAUUGUAAUCUACCGCUGUAUUCCGCCCACACAUUCUUUCGGCUCAGUAGGGGAUCGACAGAAGAUAAAGAGGAAUAUAUUCGUCGAAAUGAUUUUAAGUUUUAGUUGCCUUAAACACGUAGAUGAGACAAAGCAACAGAACCUACUUGCAGAAGAGCUUGCGCGGAUACUGAUAGAGCAGGAGGCAGAUUGGAGUUUUUACUCCUAUAAUGAAUGUACAUCUCAAGUUUUAUCCGCGCCAGAAAAUACCCUCAAAGUUCCAGUAAAAAACAGGAAUGGUGUGUGUGACCCCCUCAUACAAGCCAUUGAAAGGAGCAUUCCGGAACUAGUUAUGAAAAUUGUGGAACAUUGUCCGGAUUCUGUCAACUGUGUUGACGAGAAGGGGAGGAAUAUACUGCAUUUGGCUGCUGAGUACAAAAAUCUAGACAUUUAUAAUCAAUUGAAGAAGCACGUAGGAGAAGAUAACAAAGAAAGAAUGAUGACUGAGGUUGAUUAUGAAGGCAAUACCAUAGUGCAUCAAGCCAGCAUCAUCAAUCCAAUAUCCCCAUAUAUUUCCCUUGGCAUUUUCUAUGCCACAUGUUGGGAUGUCUUUUGGUUUGUGCGAGUCAGUGCCGACUGUUUACCAUAUAUGAGAUUUAUCCCAAACAAGGAAGGCAAGACCGCAACAGAAUUAUUUAUAACCAGGAGCAAACGUCAACGAGAAGAUGCUUGGAAAGCAAUGAAAGAUAUAAACGGAACCUUAAUGGUUGUGGCAGCCCUGAUCGGCACCAUUAGUUUUGCUGCAAUUUUUACAGUCCCGGGAGGCUAUGACCAAAAGCACGGAUACCCUCUCCUGCUUAAACCUUACAAAAGGGACGUCGACCUCUUCCUAGGCUACGACGCGUUCACUCUCUUUGCUUCCACAUUUGCCUUGGGCAAUCUCUUAUCAAUCCAGCUAUCGCGGUUUAAAGUGGAAGAGUUUUGCAUUGCAUUACCACUCAAGUAUUUUACUGCCAUUAGUGCAAUGUACUAUGCGGCCUGUUUCACUGUUGUCACCACUCUCCAGGCAUUCAUUCUCGAGGAAUGCUUACCGAGGCUUUAUGUAAUUUUUGUUUUCUUUAUUAUCAUUGUCUUGAGCUGGGGUUACAUUGACUCAGCAUACAAUGUGGUCUCUUACAUAUGGGUUGCUAAAACGAGUCGUACUGUGACUGCUCUUGCUUAUCAGACGUUUUGAGGUACUCAGUCGAAUAUAGAACAAGGGGAAGUUGAGCUUUUCUUCAUGGCAACAAGUUACAAGAUGUCUGCUGCAGUUUCUACAUUAGUAUGUUCAUAACCGGUAAGCUUAGCUAUGUAAUUGAUGUGUGUUUAUUUGAGAAAAUGGUUUAAACAAUUGAUAAUGAGAGAUGAAUUUAUGCUUAUCUGAUUAGAGAGAUCAGAAAAGUAACUGCAGUGUGUGUACUUAUUGGAUUUUUUAAGCACCUCUUUUCUAAUUCUACUU